CUCGCCGCAGCCUUGCCCGGCUACUGACAUCUUCCGCCGCUUUUAGAGGCGGCUGUUACCGAUUGCUGAAAAGGAAAAUGUGCUCGCAACCGGUCGAGCUGGGCUUUGUGGAAGAAGCGGCACCUUGGCGGCUGCGCAGUGACCAGUUCCCUUGCAAGGUCGGGGGCAGGCCGGCUUGGCUAGGCGAGGCCGGCUUGCCGGGGCCCUCUGAGCUGCGGUGCGGCGUGUGCGGGCAGCCGUGCGCGUUCCUCUUGCAGCUCUACGCGCCGGUGCAAGAGCGGCCCGAGGCCUUCCACAGGACUCUCUUCCUCUUCGGCUGCCGCCAGCCUUCUUGCUACCGCCCCGCCGGCCCAGCCCCGGGCAGCCUGAGAGUUUUUAGGAAUCAGCUUCCAAGAAAGAAUGAUACUUACUCUUAUAAUCCACCACCUGAAGAACCACCUUUGGAAGAAUUACCUUCUGUGAAUCUGCAGCUAAAAUGUGGAGCUAUGCUUUGCAGAGUCUGUGGUUGCUUGGGACCCAGCACAUGUUCCAAGUGUCAUAAGGCUCAUUAUUGUAGCAAAGACCAUCAGAUCAAAGAUUGGAAGGCAGGACAUAACGUAUCAUGCUUGCAGCCUGAAGAUGUAAUUCCGGAUCAUAAAUUUCUGUUCCCCGAGUAUGAAAUUGUCAGAGAACAUGAGGAGUUGGAUUCUGCUGCUGUCAGUGACACAGAACACGAAGAUUUAGACAAAAAUGAGGAUACAACAACAGGUGAUCUAGAUGAAGCUUCUGAAUUAUUAGAUGAGAUGUCCUUGGAGAUGAUGGCAAAACAUGAAACUCAGGAAGACAGAAUUUUUCAAAUAUUCAAAGAAAGGAUAUCUUUGGAACCAGAACAGGUUAUCAGAUACUGCAGAAAUGGAGAAGGGCCCAUCUGGAUUUCAGGGUUAAAUAUUCCGCGAGACACAGAUAUUCCUAACUGUCAGUGUGGUAGUAAAAGAGUAUUUGAAUUCCAGGUGAUGCCGCAACUUCUAGCUCACUUAAAUGUCGACAGUCUUGGAGAAAGUAUUGACUGGGGAACACUGGCUAUCUACACAUGUGCUGUGAAUUGUGAUCUAGGAAACCACUAUGUUGAAGAGUUCAUCUGGAAGCAGGGCAUUUCCAGUUCUGUUUAAUGUCUGCAAAGCUUAAGCAGUGAGAUAAUUUUCUUCCAUUAUCAUACAUUUUUCUCACCUUUUAAUAUUCAGCUGACAACAAUGAUCGCCAUUGCUUGAACUUUCACAUCAGUUAUAGAAUAAGAAUAUAAAAUCAAUCUGAGACCAGAGAGGUGAUUAUUUUGCUAGAACUUUGAAAUGAAAAAAAAAAAAGCAAAUCAUGAUAGACAUGAUAGAUUCACUACAGUAAAGAAUCAAGUGAUAAAUUGUUGUUUCCACUGUUUAUUUUCCUCCACCCAUUCCUGAAACCAUUCCCAUUGCCACCCUUGGUAAAGGAUCUUAAGAGCCUGUCUGAAUAUGCUGUAGGUGAAUUUGCGCUUGUGUUACCAUUGGUUGCUUUAUGGGAGAGAUCUUCAUCACUUAUUCUUCAUUGUGCUUAUUUUGGUUAUAGUCUGGUUCAAAGGACUAAUUACUUUGAAA